GGGCGGGCUCGGCGCGGGAGCGGCUGAGAGAUUCAGGAAAAUGAAGCAAACAGGUGGAGCUCCAGCACCAAGAUGACCUUGGAUUCCCCUUGAGCGGUGUUUCCCUGGGUGUCCUUGUCCUCAGACCCCGUGUGCUGUCCCCGUGGUGCCAUGUGGUGGUUCCAGCAGGGCCUGUCCUUCCUGCCCGUGGCCCUGGUGCUGUGGUCGGCGGCGUCCUUCGUGUUCUCCUACAUCACUGCCACGGUGCUGCGCCACGUGGACCCGCUGGUGCCCUACAUCAGCGACACAGGGACGAUUCCACCGGAAAGAUGCUUGUUUGGGAUCAUGUUGAAUGUUUCCACCUUCCUGGGGGUGGCCACGAUGUACGUCCGGUACAAACAGGUGUGUGCCCUGAUCCCAGGGAAUUCCAGGAUCCUCAGGCUCAACAGGAUUGGCCUCACCUUGGGCUGGAUGAGCUGCUUUGGCCUCUGCAUCAUCGCAAACUUCCAGAAAUGUGUCCUGUACUACAUCCACGUGCUGGGGGCCUGCCUGACCUUCGGAGUGGGAGCCCUUUACAUGCUGCUCCAGACCGUCCUGUCCUUCCACAUGCAGCCGGAAUUCCACGGCAAGGGAAUCUUCUGGGCCCGCCUGGCCGUGCUCCUCUGGAGCUCCUGCAGCAUCGGGAGCAUGUCCGUGUCCUCGGGGCUCCUCUACAGUGGCCGCUACGGAUCCGGCCUGGAGCAGAGGCUGCACUGGGACCCCCGGGACAGGGGAUACCCCCUGCACAUGGUCAGCACUGUCUCUGAGUGGUCCUUGGCCUUCUCCUUCCUCAGCUUCUUCCUCACCUACAUCCGGGACUUCCAGAAGGUGUCCCUGGGGGCUGUGGUGACUCUACAGGGACGGACCCUCCACCACGUCCUCCCCCCGGGCUCCGGGGCCGAGGAGCAGGGGCUGCUCUUCCCAGGGAGCGUCUGACGGAGCUCCUGGAACUCAGGAAUUUCUGCAGCAGCAGCAGCAGUUGGUCCUUCCCAGCAUUUCUGCCGUCCCAAGCCAGAGUCCUGUUCCCCCCCAACCGUGCCCGACCUGCCGGAGCCGGGCCUGGUCCUGACAUUUCUGCCUCAGUGAGCAUUAAAUGAAGGGAAUAACGA